GCCUCUGAUGAGGCCUCCACUACCGCGCUGCUCUCCCACCACCACCACCACCGCCCUCCCUCCCCUCUUCCAAUCCUGCUCCUCCUCCCGUCCCCUGUUCCUGCGCACGGCGCGCCACCUAUAAAUCCGUGCGUCUCCAAGCCAACAACUACCGCGGCUAACUGCCUCGCCUCGCCUCGCCUCCGGCAGUGUCUAGCUAGCUAGCUCAGCUCGUCCUAGCCAGCCAGCUAGCUGCAGUAGCUUGCUUGCUAGAUCCCCGCGACAGCGACCGCGCUAAUGGAGGUCGCCGCCAGGACCGCCAUUGCUCUGCUCCUCGCGCUCGCCGUCGCCUCGGGGUGCCUCUGCGGCGGCGCGCAGGGACGCCACCACCGCCACACCAAGCACACCAGGCACAACUCGGCGCACGCGCCCUCCCAGGCUCCGGGCCCGGCGAGCUCCAGGCGGCACGCGCCUCCGCACGCGCCGGGCGCCUCUCCCCCGGCCCCGCCGCCGCCGUCGUCGUCGUCGGGGGCCGGCGGCGCGGCCCCCGCGCCGGCGCCAGAGACCGCGGCGGGCGGCGCGGCCGCCGUGUACGACGUCGUGAAGGACUUCGGCGCGGUCGGGGACGGCGUGGCGGACGACACCGACGCCAUCAAGACGGCGUGGGACACCGCGUGCUCGGAGGACGGGGACGGCGUCGUGCUCGCCGCCGCCGGGUACUCGUUCCUCGUGCACAGCACCGUCUUCACCGGCCCGUGCCAGGGCAGCGUCACGAUCCAGCUCGACGGGACGAUGGUGGCGCCGAGCGACCCCGACAAGUGGCCGGCCAACAACAAGCGCAACUGGCUCGUGUUCUACAACGCCCACGGCACGACGCUGCGCGGUGCCGGGCUCAUCGACGGCAAGGGCCAGAAGUGGUGGGACCUUCCCUGCAAGGCUCACAAGGUAGUCUACUUGUACUCGAUCAGGAAGGAGUACAUAGUUGCACAAGUGUCUGAAGAAAUUCCUCUGCAGGGCCAGGGCGGAUCAAGCGGCCACGGAGCAUCCUGCGACAGCCCAGUGGCGCUCCGGUUCUUCACGAGCAACAACGUGACGGUGCAGGGCCUGAGGGUGCAGAACAGCCCCGAGUUCCACUUCCGCUUCGACAGCUGCCGCGGCGUGGUGGUGAGCGGGCUGUCCAUCAGCUCGCCGCAGCAGAGCCCCAACACGGACGGCAUCCACAUCGAGAACACCCAGGACGUGCUCGUCGCCAACACGGCGGUCUCCAACGGCGACGACUGCGUCUCCAUCGGCGCCGGCGCCCUCAACGUGCGCAUCGAGAACGUGACCUGCGCCCUGGGGCACGGCAUCAGCAUCGGGUCCCUGGGCAAGCAGGGCACCCGGGCGUGCGUGGCCAACGUGACCGUGCGCAACGCCGUGAUCCGGCGCUCCGACAACGGGGUCCGGAUCAAGACGUGGCAGGGCGGGUCGGGGUCCGUGUCGUCGGUGGCGUUCGAGAACGUGCGCAUGGACGCCGUGCGCAACCCCAUCAUCAUCGACCAGUACUACUGCCUCUCCAGGACCUGCGAGAACGCCACCACCGCCGUCUUCGUCUCCGGCGUCUCCUACGCCGGGAUCCGGGGCACCUACGACGCGCGCAGCCCGCCGAUCCACUUCGGCUGCAGCGACGCCGUGCCCUGCACCAACAUCACGCUCGCCGACGUCGAGCUGCUCCCGGCGGCGUCGUCGUCGGGGCAGGCGGCCGACGAACCCUUCUGCUGGAACGUCUAUGGGAACGCCGCCGCGCCCACGGUGCCGCCGGUGGCGUGCCUCAUGGACGGCGUGCCCGGUAACUACGCCGACAAGAGCAGCUUGAAAUGCUACUGACCGAUCGAGGUCGUCGUACAAUCUAAUUAAUAGUGAUCUGCAAUCCUGGUACUUGUUUAGAGGGAGGCCAACAGAUGACAGAGAAAAGUAAGAUUAGUGCAGAUAAAACACGGUUGUUAAAGCGUGAUUACUUAUGUAUAUAUAGAAAAGAAGAUAAAGGUAUACUAGCUAGUAACAAGCAGGGAUUUGAGUGAGUAUUACCGGAAUGUAUACACAGUAUGUAUAGAAGGAAUGCUGCUUGGUGCCAUGCAUAUAGGACACUUGCCGCACAUGCAUAGCACGUACCAUUGCAUGACUGGGAUGUGUGCGUGCGCAUGUUUCCCUUCCGUAGCAAUAAUAAUCUCUUGUUGUGUGUGCAUGUUUCACUUGAUACACGUACCACACUUCAAAAUUGUGUCUA